AUGGACUCUCAGACUCGCCCGCAGCGUGGCCGUAAGCCUCUCCGUCCGGUGAAUCAAGAUUCUCCUGUUGUUGAAGAAUCUGUCCUUGAGCUUUUUGCUGCACACAGCGUUACUGUGAAGACUGAGCAUAUAGCAAGCAUCAAGGUGCCUUUCAAGGCAAAGCCAAUGCCCAGAGUCACACAGUUCAAAGACGGUACUGAGGUGACAGAGGAAGAGAAAGUGGUGAUGGAGAAAGCCAGUGACUGCAUUACUCACAAUCAAAAUCUGUACAAACCAAAACCCCUCCAGGGGAAAGCGAAGUUCCUGCAACACAUGGGGAAAUGUAAAAUGAGAUGGAAAACACCCAAAGGCAGUGGAGGAAAGCAGGUGACUCACUUUGCCAUCGAGAGGAGGAUGGCAGCAAAAAAAUCGUGGCUCAAAGUAGGGCUGGUGGAGAGCAACUAUACCACAUUUGCUAUGAAGAAGGUGGAGGAAAGGAAAGCCUGCUAAUUCAGAAUACAUGCCAUCAAGUCUGAGGGCCUCAUCAGGCCCCUGGAAACAGAAGUUUUUGCUGGAGAACCUGUUAAGCCUCUGAGACAGGUGUCUCAGCCUCAAGUUGUAGAUGUCAGGAAAGAAGCUGUCACCAUCACCUGAAACUCCCCAGCCCAGGAUGGAGGCUCCCCUGUGCAAGGUUACGUCAUAGAAAAAAGGAAGAAGGGCAGCAAUCUUUAUGUCCCAAUCACCAAGGAACCAGUCCAAGGUACCAGAUUCAAAGCGGAUAGUUUUCUGGAGGAUACAGAGUGA